GCGACUGCGGUUAGUUAAACGCGAGACCUCCAAGUGCUCGGUGUAUAUUCUCGGAAUUUGAAAAUGGGCAAGUCAGCGAAGCUAGAGUUUUCCAGCAAAUCGGAAAAACCUGCAGAACAGUGGGGCAAUGGCUUGGAGUUUCUCUUCUCCUGCAUCUCGUUAUCCGUGGGCCUGGGCAAUAUCUGGCGGUUUCCGUACAUUGCCUUCCAGAAUGGCGGCGGCACCUUUGUGAUUCCCUAUCUGAUUGCUUUGCUGGUAAUUGGCCGCCCUGUCUACUACCUGGAGAUCUCUCUUGGCCAAUUCACGGGUCGCGGCGUGGUCAAGGCCUUUGAUAUGGCUCCCCUGCUCAAGGGCGUGGCUGUGGGUCAGGUCCUGGCCACAGCUGCUUCUAUAACGUACUAUUCGAGCAUUAUGGCGCUGACUUUGAGAUUUUUACUGGCUUCGUUUGGUGCCGAGUUGCCUUGGAGUCGCUGCUGGGAGAGUUGGGGCAGUGAUUGCCAUGAUGGCAGUGCCCAGAAUGCCACUGGGAAGAUGUCACCUGCUCAGCUGUAUUUUGAACGCGAAAUCCUCCAUGAACUACCCAAUAUCGACAAUGGCUUAGGUCUGCCCAAUUGGCAGCUGGUGGCCUGCCUGGCAGUGGCCUGGUUUAUCAUUGGUGGAGUCCUAAUUCGUGGCAUCAAAAGCAGUGGCAAGGCAGCCUAUUUCCUGGGUGUAUUUCCCUAUGUGGUGCUCCUUAUCCUUCUCCUAAGAGCAGUGACCCUGCCUGGAGCUAUGGAUGGUAUUAUAUACUUCUUUAAGCCACAAUGGCGAGAGCUAUUGAACCCUUUGGUCUGGUAUGCUGCCGUAACUCAGGUGUUUUUCUCUUUGGCCAUAUGCUUUGGCACUUUGAUCACCUAUGCCAGUUAUAAUAAUUUCAACAGAAAUGUAUACAAUGACAUUGUGAUAAUCACCACCAUGGACUCCUGCUCGUCCAUCAUUGCCGGCUGUAUAACAUUUGGAAUUCUGGGAAAUCUAGCCCGCGAGACUGGUGUCACGGAUAUUGGCAGCGUGGUGAAGGGCGGCGCUGGAUUGGCCUUCAUCUCAUAUCCGGAGGCCAUUGCCAAGUUCGAGUAUGUGCCACAGAUGUUCGCGGUCCUUUUCUUCCUCAUGCUCUUUGUCCUAGGCAUUGGCAGUACCGUGGGCAUGGGCUCCUGCAUCCUGCGGGUUAUUCGGGAUCACUUGGGGUCAUCGCGUUCGCCGCCCAUUUGGAUGCUGGCCAGCGGGCUGGCUGUCCUGGGCUUUGGUGUGAGCAUUGUCUACAUGACCCCGGGUGGUCAGUUUAUUCUGAAUCUGGUGGACUUCUAUGGCGUGUCCUUUACAGCCUUGAUACUGGCCAUUGGCGAGCUGAUAGCUGUUGCUUGGAUAUAUGGAGUUAAUCGCUUUUGCUCUGACAUCAAGUUCAUGAUGGGCAUCGAAACGGGCUGGUAUUGGCGUCUCUGCUGGCGCUUCAUCACCCCCGGUUUAAUGACCGCCGUCCUCAUCUACAUGCUGCUGGACAUGUCUGCUCUAACGUACAAGGGCGUGGCCUAUCCCACUUUGGCUCACGUUUUUGGCUGCUUUCUGGCCGCCUUUGGGCUGAUACAACUGCCCGGUUGGGGCCUCUAUGCCGUCUAUAAACAGCGUGGCGGCAGCUUCUGGCAGAGAGUACGUGCCGCCAGCAAGCCAUCGGACACUUGGGGACCGGCCAAUGUUCAGCUGGAAGCCAGCAGCAUCUAGGAAAAUUAGCUAAGCUCCGGCUAACACUGCGUAUACGUAAUGGCCCCAAGUAGCAGAAGUCUGCAGUUGGUAGUCUGGGGCAUUAUUAUUUGAUAUGGAGAGGCUAGCCGAAAAUGGGUAGCAGCAGUAGAAGCAGUAGCAUAAUGUGGAAAUAUAUUAAAACUAGAAAGCAAAGAA